UACUCAACAUCGCGAGAAGAAGGAAAAGUAGUGUCCUUCAAGUCGAAGGUAGAAGUCAGCAGGCUGGGAGGUCGGUUGAGCGAAGUGGUGGGUCCCGUCGUGGAGGAGGCCAUCGAGCCAGGGGAUGCGACCCCGCUGACGGGACCCUCGAGGGAGUCCUCGGUUCCUCGAGCACCCCCGCCACUGCCGCAGCGUGUCACUACACCAAGUCCACCGAGACCACCACCCGCUACGUCUCAACAGCAUCAGAACCCGGGUCAUCCGACCCAUAAUCCGGGACAUCAGUCCCAAAAUUCCGGGCACUGUAACCCGGGUAAUUCGCCCCACAACCCUGGUCACAACCCCGGUCACAAUCCUGGUCACAACCACGGUAACAACCCCGGUCACCAAGCCUACAAUCCGGGCAACCCAGGCCACAAUCCGGGCAACCCAAGCCACAAUCCGGGCAACCCAGGCCACAAUCCGACCAAUCCCGGCCACAACCCGGGUAAUCCCGGCCACAACCCGGGUAAUCCCGGCAACAACUCGGACAAUCCCGGACACAAUCCGGGUAAUCCAGAACACAACCCAGGUAAUCCGGGACAUAACCCGGGUAACCCGGGCCACAACCCGGGUAAUCCGGGCCACAAUCCCGGUCAACAAAACCCGGAUCAGAAUCCCGCCGGUCAACCGACGCAAAACCCGGGCAAUCCUGGUCACCCGACCAGUCCGGGCCGAGACUCCCAGAACGGUCAGAGCGUGAGUCGUCAACCGCAGAAUCCAACACAACCGACACAGAGCAGAGAGCAGACACAACCAACGAGUCAACAACCACAACAGCCGCAACAACAACCGUCACAACCUCCGCAACCGCAACAUCCAGAGCACCGUACCACCGGCAGCAUGGGGACCGUACUGUCGUUUAGUCCGCGAGAUCGUCGUGGAUCCGUUUACCCACCAACGGGGCACCAGCAUCCCGCUGACUUUACAUUGAACAACUUCAAUUACGAGCAGCUAAAUAAUGCAAAGAAUCGCGAGAACAAGAGCACCGUCGCUACGGUGGCACCGGCGGCACCCACGAAUCAUCCACCAGCUAAUAAUAAUGCGCUACAGAACAACAAUAUCAAUUUAAACAAUAACGACAACGCGAGAAUUAUCUCAGAAAAGAAUGCUCUGGAGAAGAACCUGAAGAAGCACUCAUUAUUCAUAAACGCCCUGUCGUGGAAGCGGUUCAGCACGGCGAACAACAAUAAAAAGAAGCUUGACAACAAGAACAAGAAUAUCUCCUUCAGGCAGCCGCUUGAUAAUAUACCUAUUGUCGAUAAGAAUAAGAAUAUACAAACGCCGCAAACAAAACCACCAGCGUCAAACAACAAUCACACCACGCACAAUCCGACGUGUGAGAAAUUGGUGCAGAAAUCUCUGUCUCUUGGACCAAGAAAAACCGUCAUCCAGGCCUCCACCUCGGAAUUGCUCAAGUGCCUCGGCGUCUUCCUGCACAGGAAAUGCACCCGUUUAAGGGACUUCCAAGCUGGAGAUGCUGUCAUGUGGCUCAGGACUGUCGAUAGAAGUCUCCUGCUUCAAGGCUGGCAGGACGUGCCCUUCAUAAACCCUGCCAACGUAGUGUUCGUGUAUAUGCUGGUGAAGGAACUCGUCGAUGGAGACGAGUCGUCUGAGAAGGAGCUUCAAGCGACGGUGCUGACCUGUCUCUACCUGAGCUACAGUUACAUGGGCAACGAGAUCAGCUACCCAUUAAAGCCAUUCCUCAUUGAGGACAGCAAGGACAAGUUCUGGGACCGAUGUCUCUUGAUCGUCAACCGACUCAGCUCCGAGAUGCUGCGAAUCAACAGCGAGCCUGGAUUCUUCACAGAGAUCUUCACCGAACUGAAGGCUUGCGGUGCCAGUGAACGUGGAAGUUUGUCUGGCAGCGGCCUCGAACGGAGCCUCGUCGUCUCCGGAGUCGCGGUACCCACCAAGGCAGCUUGACGGAGCUACACACACCUGCUGGUGCGCAUCGCCAGGCACGGCUGCGA